AAGAAACUUCAGUCUUCCGAAAAACAUCCUUUCACAUUGCGGCGGAGGAAGCUCUAAUCACCAGGAGUAAAAAUGGCGGUUCCGUUGCUUACGAAGAAGGUGGUGAAGAAGAGGUCUGCCAAAUUCAUCAGACCCCAGAGUGAUCGCAGAAUCACCGUCAAGGAAAGCUGGAGGAGGCCUAAGGGUAUUGACUCCCGGGUGAGAAGAAAGUUCAAGGGUGUCACCUUGAUGCCCAAUGUUGGUUACGGAUCUGAUAAGAAGACCCGCCACUACCUCCCAAAUGGAUUCAAGAAGUUCAUUGUUCACAACACCUCUGAGCUCGAGCUACUCAUGAUGCACAACAGGACUUACUGUGCAGAGAUUGCUCACAAUAUCUCAACAAAGAAGAGAAAGGCCAUAGUGGAGAGAGCUUCUCAGCUAGACGUUGUUGUUUCCAACAAGCUUGGUAGGUUGCGUAGCCAGGAAGACGAGUGAAAGCCCUAAAAGAUAUCAUCUAGGGUUUUUCUUUUAUCUGUCGUUAACUAUUCCGAAUUAUCUUCUUUUUUUUUUUUUUUUGCGUUUUGGAGAGUGGCUGAAUGAUAUUACAACUUGGGUUCUCGUUUUUAUGAUAUUAAUUCAGAAUCAGACACAGUCUCAGACCAUAAUUUAUUCCUCAAUUUAUACCUAAAUUUUCAGACCAUCGAAAUUUAACUUGAGU